AUGACUUGGCACGCUCGAGCAAGUAGCGGCGACACGCGCAGCGCGCUCUUGCAGCCGCACCAGGUGCUCCUCUCCCACGACGAUGCAGUUCUCCAGUCGAUCCAACCGCUGGAUCUCCUGCGUGUCCGCUUUGCAUCGUCUCACUCGGUGCUCGUCUUGGAGAGCGUGGUCGACCGUCGCCCGUCAGCUGCUGGUGCCGGUGCUUCACUGCGUAGGGGACGCAUUCAGCUGCAUCUGUGGGCGUUGCAAGUCGCUGGAAAAGUGGAAGACACGAGGGUUACGCUCGAGCCUGUCGGAGUGGACGCUGAGGUUCACGCGGGCGCUCUGUCUUGGCGACUGUCGCUGAGUCUGCACACCCGCUUUCCGCCCCUUGCGGUCUCUGGAAGCGUGGACGAUAGCGGAUCUCGCGCUCAGUUGCUGCCCGAAAGCGUACAUAAGCGACAGAUUGAUCUGGACAGAGCAGUGCGUCGUCAGCUGUGUGCUGCACGAGUGCUUGACGCUCCUCUGGAAGGACAACUGGUGCCGGUGAGGCUCCUGGGAGAUACGUACGUCUUUCGGAUCGACGGGGUCGAGAAGAAGCGAGAGUUGGAUGGAAAGUUGCACCUGGUUGUGAUAGGAUGGAGUGCGACAGAGGAAGUUUUGGCUGAUGAGCAGGCUACAGCAGAAGUGACGGAGAAGGUCGCGACGCUGAGCAUGCGGGAAGAGCAUUCCACCAGAGCGGCAGCUUCAUCGUACGAGCGUGAGCUCAACACUCGGCUGUGGCAGACUGGCUUUGUAGGAUGCACUGCGUUCGUGCGAGACGUGCUGUUUCAACUUGCCCUUGUGCUAAAGCACGAACAAAGGAGACUUGAUACCGGUGUGGAGAUGGACCAAAUUGGCUCUCACGGGUUACUCAUUUCGGGUGUACAAGGUGUGGGGAAGUCGCUAGCACUAGUGGCUUUGCAGCGGGAGCUUGUUCAUGAGCAGAUCGCCACGUGGCGGAUUGACGGUAUGUCGUUGCUCAUGACGGCUGAAGGUUCAGCAUUUCCAACAGCUUAUGAGUACUUGGUCUACGCACUGGAGCAGCGCUUUCCCCGAUUACGAUCUCUAGUUGACGUCGAGACCAAACGCGGGUCAUCAUCAUGUGUUGGCGUUGUGCUGAUCGAUGACUUGGAGAUGCUCUUCCAAUCGGUGGAUGGCCAGCUCGCCGACGGCUCCGAGAUGCAGUUUACGUCACUUGGCAGCGCGUUGCUCCGACUAAUUGACGAACGGAGUUUGCGCUCCACACGUUUCGUUGUGGUUGGGACGACUGCAAGUGCUGAUGUGAACAUACCAUCUGCAGCUAAGCGUGCUGGAAGGUUUGACAAAGUUGUGGACUUGGUCGUCCCGACAGAACAAGGCCGACGAGACAUUUUGCAACGGCAUCUGGUCGGGUUGCCACUACGAAGAGGAGCAGACAGUGAAGGCAAUGGUCAUGCAGCAAGUCUAGCGUCACGGUUGGCGGCACUAAGUGGGGGCUACGUGGCCAAAGAUCUUGUACGCAUCUGUCGAUACGCGACUGCUCAAGUGCAUGCCGCAUCGACUCUUGAUGGCGAUCCGACCGAGUCAUCUAUCGGAUGGUCCGAUCUAUUGCGAGCUCAGCAGCACAUCAAACCUUCUCAGCUGCGAGAGCUAAACGUGUCAUCGCCUGGUGCACAUGGGGAUGGAAAGCUCGCUUUUGCUGGCUAUGCUGCUGUUCGACAGCAACUGCGGGACUUCAUUACUCGAAAAUUCCACCCGACUGCAGCGAUGAGUCGCUUGUGCAUUUCCGAGGCGUCAGGGAUAUUGCUGUCAGGUCCAUCAGGCUGCGGUAAGACGCUGCUCGUGCAAAUUGUGGCAGCUCAAGCCCGAGUCAACUUUGUAUCCGUGAAGUCAUCAGAGUUGCUGUCCAAGUACUUUGGGGAUAGCGAAAAAGCAGUUCGCCAGCUCUUCGCUCGAGCACGUGCCGCCUCACCGUGUCUCUUGUUUUUUGACGAGUUUGAUUCCAUCGCUCACAAGCGAUCGUUUAGUGGAAACGAUGGAGGCAGCAGUGGUGGAGGAGUCUACGCCCGAGUGCUUUCCACCUUCCUCAACGAGAUGGACGGUGUGGGCUCGCAACGAGUUAGUGUAUCCACUUCACAUGUCAAGAAGUCGCCUGCUGUCGAGAGCGGUGGCAUCCUUGUCGUGGCUGCCACCAACCGGAAAGAUGCGCUGGACGCUGCCCUGAUCCGUCCUGGUCGAAUGGACAAGACUGUCGUGUUGGGAUUUCCAACGCAAGAAGAUGUUGCGGAACUUCUUGCGGUUUACACGAGAAAGAUGCCGCUCGCUACAGACGUUGACAUCCAAGAGCUUGCGGCGCGACCGAGAGGCUCUCACACAUUCACGGGUGCUGACGUUGCAUCAAUUUGCAAGGAAGCGGCCUUCCGCGCCCUUCGCGAAGGCGUCGAGGCGAAGACAGUAUGCGCACGACAUUUCGAGGCCGCAUGGGACCAGCGCGCUCGAGAAGCCCCAGACGCCUCCGAAUCGGACUCGUGGACUAUCAAGCCAUGA